AUGGCAAAGCAGUACAAUGACAUCACCGAACCUCAAACUGGUGAGCACCUGCGUGGAGUGCUAACUUUAGGCGAGAACUGCGCCGACAACGGCGGAAUAAAGGAAGCAUUCGGCGCCUACCAAGCACAUAAAAAGAAGGUCCGCGACUCCAAAGUGUUGCCUGGGCUGAAGUUUUCACCCGAUCAACUGUUCUUUGUUUCAUAUGCUAAUAUUUGGUGCCAGGCAAUUACCGAAAAGAAACUCAAAGACAACAUUAUGAUAGAUCCACAUGCUCCUAAUAAGUAUCGAGUGAAUGUGGUGCUGGGCAACUUUGAUCAGUUUUCCAAAGCAUUCAACUGUCCAGCUGGCUCAAAAAUGAAUCCAGUGAACAAGUGCUCUAUUUG